AUUCGUUCCAAAGUAAAAAAUUUACUGGUUGAAAUGAAUACUCCGGAUAACAGAGAGGAAACUAACGUUUGCGUUCAAAAACAUAAGGGUGCACUUGAAUUUUUAUAUGGCAAUGAAGUUCAUGACAUCAAUGAUGCUUCGACACAAUAUCAUUCUUACUUAGUAGAACCACAACUGAGGUACGAUUUUGAUCCAUUUGAAUGGUGGAAGUCACAUGAAAAAAAAUAUCCUUUAAUAGCCGAGUUAGUAAAGAAAUAUUUGUCGAUACCAGCAACAUCUGUAAGUUCGGAACGAUGUUUUUCAACUGCCGGGAAUGUCGUUACGUCCAAAAGGAACUGUUUAGCACCAGAAAAUGUUAAUAUGUUAGUAUUUUUGUAUCAAAAUCGU